GUGGAGCAGCUGAGGCAGGGAGGGCAGAAGGUGCAGUUUCUCUCCUGCAGACAGAACUCGAAACACCCACAAACAAAAGUUACAUUCUUUUUUUCUUUUUGCGAAGGCUCUUCAAAAGGUCCAUUGGAAGAGAAAUUGCAGUAUCUGUUUUGUCCUCAUACCAAGAGAGAAUUAACCUGCGAUGUCUCUGAGAGGUGAUGUGUGCGUGGUGACGGGAGCCUGUGGAUUCCUGGGAAAGAGGCUGUUGAGGCUGCUGCUGGAGGAAGAGAAAAUGGCUGAGAUUCGACUGCUGGACAAACAUGUACAACCCCAACUUUUACACACACUGGAGGACUGUAGGGGCGACACAAAGCUAAGUGUGUUCGAGGGGGACAUCAGAGACAGUGAUUUUUUGAGAAAAACCUGUCGAGGUGCAUCGAUUGUCUUCCACAUUGCUUCCAUCAUUGAUGUCAAUGAUUCAGUAGAGUACAGUGAGAUAUACGGGGUCAACGUCAAAGGAACCCAGCUGCUUCUGGAGGCCUGUAUUCAAGAGAAUGUGGUGUCCUUUAUCUACACCAGCACCAUUGAGGUGUUGGGACCAAACCCCAAGGGUGAGCCCAUGGUUAACGGCAGUGAGGACACGGUCUACGACUGUGCUCUGAAGUUUAACUACAGCAAGACCAAAAGAGAGGCUGAGCAGAUAACCUUGCAGGCCCAUGGCGAGGUGCUCCAAAAUGGAGGCCGACUGGCCACGUGCGCCCUCAGACCGAUGUACAUCUAUGGAGAGGGCUGCCGCUUCCUACUGGGCCACAUGGGUGACGGGAUACGGAACAAGGACAUUCUGUUUCGUAUGUCUCGACCAGAGGCCCGGGUGAAUCCUGUCUAUGUGGGCAACGUGGCUGUGGCCCACCUCCAAGCAGCCCGCAGCCUCAAAGAUCCACAAAAAAGAAAUGAUAUUGGAGGACAGUUUUAUUUUAUUUCUGAUGACACGCCACAUGUGAGUUAUUCAGACUUCAACCAUGUCAUGAUGUCACCUCUGGGCUUCAACAUUCAAGAGAAACUUAUGCUGCCGCUCCACCUCCUCUACGUGUUCUGCUUCCUGUUGGAGGUUGUGUGCACGAUGCUGCGACCUUUUGUACGCAUCGUCCCACCGCUGAACCGGCAGCUUGUCACUAUGUUAAACACGCCGUUCAGUUUCUCCUAUCAGAAGGCUAAGAGGGACCUGGGAUACGUCCCUAGAUACACGUGGGAGGAAGCACGCAAACACACCAUCAAGUGGCUCGCCUCACAGCUGCCAAAGGAAAGGGAAAAAAUAAGAGCUAAAUAAUGAAUGAAAAGUUGUUAGUACCAUAUUAACAAUGUGGGUUAUCACUGAAAAACAUGUCUGUAUGUCUGUUUUCCUGUAGCACCAAACAAAAAGAAACAAAAAAUCUUUAGUUCAAAAACAAUGGUUAUCAUCACCAUUAAUAUUUCUUUAAAAGCACCAUUGGCAGACUUUUUAUACGUUGUCAGAGCAUCUUUCAAAUUAUUCUGAUAUGUUUAGCGCAGCUUUUUGUUUGUCUGUCUAAUAUUACCACUAGAAGUCACACAAGUCACAGAUUCUUACACAUUUGGGUUAAACUGAAGAUAAGUUGCAUUUACUCUUUGUUUCUUAAGUACUUUUGGCUUUACAGCUAAUUAUCUCAAUUAGACAAUUUAAGGUAGACAGUACAGUAAGCAGCAUUAACUUAACCCUAUAGGGAGA